CGAUGCGAGCGCGACACACAGCGUGGCCAACAUUUCCGACCUAAGAACGCGCAGUCGCGUGCCGAUCCUGUCGGGUGGGAGAAGUGAUCAGCUGCGUGUACAGAAGGAGAACGAAAUGUUCAUUCUGCAGAGGUCUAUAUCUAGCAGAAAUUACGGAGGAUCAUGGAUGAGGACGCUUCUACCUUCGUAUAUUGCUGUGAAGGACAUACAACGGAGGGACAUCCAUGAGGUUUCGGGAGAUGUGAUACCAAUAAACAUGGUAAAGGGUAUCGGACACCUCAGGGAUCCUCGACUGAACAAGGGCUUGGCGUUCACUCUGAAAGAAAGAAUAGCCCUCGGAAUACAUGGGCUACAGCCUCCCAGAUUUAAGACGCAAGAGGAACAGUUGGCUUUAUGCAAAGCCUCAGUAAUGAAAUAUUCAGAGGAUCUAAAUCGAUAUUUGUAUCUUGUGGAACUUCAGGAAAGGAAUGAAAGAUUAUUUUUUCGCUUGUUAAGCGAAAAUAUCGAGCAAAUGAUGCCAAUUGUCUAUACACCUACCGUUGGUUUGGCCUGUCAAAAGUUUGGUGUGAUAUAUCGUAGACCUCGCGGGCUUUUCAUUACUAUAUAUGAUAAAGGCCAUAUUUACGAGAUCUUGAAUAAUUGGCCAGAACAAGCGGUGCGGGCCAUCUGCGUGACAGAUGGCGAGCGAAUUUUAGGUCUCGGUGAUCUCGGAGCUUGCGGCAUGGGUAUCCCCGUUGGAAAACUGGCACUUUAUACAGCUCUGGCUGGUAUCAAACCGCAUCAAUGUCUCCCAAUUGCUAUUGAUGUAGGCACUAAUAACGAACAGCUAAGAAAUGAUCCUCAUUACAUUGGUCUUAAUAAGUCUAGGAGCCAAGGCGCCGAGUAUGAUGAAUUAAUCGACGAAUUUAUGGCUGCCUGCGUGCAAAAGUAUGGACAAAACGUUCUUAUUCAAUUCGAAGAUUUCGGAAACCAUAAUGCCUUCCGUUUCUUAGACAAAUACAGAAAUAAAUAUUGUACGUUUAACGAUGAUAUACAAGGUACAGCUGCGGUUGCUGUGGCUGGAAUUUUAGCAUCGCAAAGAAUAACUAAGAAAAGAAUGGCAGAUAAUAAGUUUGUCUUCCUUGGUGCCGGAGAGGCAGCUAUUGGAAUUGCUGAUCUUUGUGUCAAAGCAAUGGAGGCUGACGGUUGCACUCAACAACAGGCGCGCAAUAAUAUUUGGAUGAUGGAUAUUGAUGGGUUACUCGUAAAGAAUCGGCCCGAAGGUAAUUUGGAAGGCCACAAGAUUUGGUACGCGAAGGACUACAAAGUGAUGAAGACAUUAAUCGAAGUUGUGAAAGAAAUCAAACCUUCUGUCUUGAUAGGUGCUUCGGCGGCGGCAGGGGCAUUUACUCCUGAAGUCUUAAAGGAAAUGGCAAAAAAUAAUGAGAGACCGUUGAUCUUCGCUUUAAGUAAUCCAACCAGUAAAGCUGAAUGUACGGCACAACAAGCGUAUGAUCAUACCAAUGGUAGAUGUGUAUUCUCUUCGGGUUCGCCAUUCGGUGAAGUAAAAUAUAAUGGGAAAAUAUAUAAGCCUGGACAGGGUAAUAAUGCGUACAUCUUUCCUGGCAUUGCUUUAGGCGUUAUUGCAACCGGAGUACAUCAUAUUACUGAAGAUUUAUUCUUGAUUUCGGCACAAACUGUCGCCGAUCAUGUAAAAAAUGAGGAUCUUGAAAGGGGUAGUUUAUAUCCACCAUUAAAUAAUAUUCGCGAGUGUUCUAUCGACAUCGCGGUAAAAAUAGCUGAUUAUGCUUAUGCUAAAGGUGGUUUAGCAAGUGAAUAUCCGGAGCCGAAAGAUAAGCGACAAUUCAUUAUAAGUAAGAUGUACGAUGCCAACUAUGACAGUCCACUGCCAAAUUUGUAUGAAUGGCCGGGUGAUUAUGCCAAACCACGUAUCUUACCGGAAAAAGACACAAUAGAAAUUCGUCACAAUUUAAAACAUCUGUAGUGGAUUUCAUCGGCUGGAAUAGUUGGAGGCUAUUAUUGUUAUUUAUAGCGAUAAAAAUACCAAUUGUCUCUUCAACUUAUAUUUAAUGUCAUUCAUAUACAAACAGCAAAACUUAUAAACA